AGCUAAACAUCCCCUCUUCUAAAGGUCCCAGGCUGGUUCUUCUUCUAAUGCCAGGAGCUCCCAAUUAAUAUAAUUGCCAAUUUACCAAUGUGUGACACAGUUUUCUUUUUACACAGCUUCCUUCACACAAAAGACUUUCCAGAAGGAGAGGGUGUGCUGGGGGCAGAGAAAAGGAACAAAGCUUCACAUAGUUUGUUACAGCUGUAGCCUGCACCUACCACUUUAGCAAGUCAGUCGUCAGUGGGAACUUGUCAGCAACCUAGUUUCAAAAGUGGGAAUAAAGAGAGAGGUUUGUCAUGUAUCCUCCUUCCUAAACGGGGGGGGCUGUUGGGGAAGAAAAUCUAAAGAGGAAAUUACAGGACUUCCAAGUCACAGCGAGAGGUUUAAUAUAAGACUAUAAUACAGAAAAGCAGGGAGCCUCUGAAAGUGCCCUGAUCAGAAACGAGCCGGGGUCAGAAACUUCACUGAUCAGAAACUUACUUGGGCAUGAACAAGGGUGGAGAACUUUAGGGGAGGUGGGUACAGGUAGGCUGGCACGAAGACUCUAGGGGCUGGGUUUGUCGGUGUCUCUGUGCAUACGUUUGUGGUUUUUUUUUUUUUUUUUUUUUUGCUUGGGAUCAGCAAGCCCUGUCUCUUUAAUAAACUGACUGCCUUCUGUCUGCCUGGAGUAAAUUUCAUCCUGUCAUCAGGUCGCGGAGGAGGAGUUUGUUAAUGUUCAGUUUGCUCAGUGGAUCGAUGUUUGCUGGCAUCGCCUCGCCCUGCCUGUGUAUGUGUGUGUGUGUGUGUGUGUGUGUGUAUGUAUGUGUGUGAAUACCAGAUUUCCUUCCAUCCAAAGCCUCUCUGUCCUCUUCCAUAUCACUCACAGCCUGGCAUCUGACAGCAACAAACCUGCAGCUUUCUGCACACACACACACACACACACACAAAUCCGCCAUACAGAUCUACCAGGAGGAGGAGGAGGAAAGGGAGGAAGCAGCAAGCCCCACAAUCUUUCCAGAGCUGCCUUUUAAAUAUAUACAUGUCUAUUUUGUUAUUUAUUUAUUACUAUUUUCUGGCACUGUGGGUUCCUUUCAUUUGCUCCUGAUCUUGGAUGUUUGACUCAAAGCAAAGCAAGUGUUGCAACAGUUAAAUAAUAAUAACCUAGAUCUCUGUAAAAUAAAAUAAAAACCAAACGGGUUCCUAUCAGUUAAGUGCAAAGGGGUGGGGGGGGGGGGGGGAGGCUUGGCUGGAGGGGGUGUUGGGGGAACCAGCUGAGAGAGAGCCAGAGAAAGCCAGAGAAACAAGACACACGAGCUUCCCAGGGUUCUUGGAUCUGGGGACAGAAGUGAGAUUGGAGAAAGUAGAGCGAUGCCAAGGAGGAAACAGCAGGCACCCAAGCGGGCUGCAGGUUACGUCCAAGAGGAAGAUAUAAAGGAGGAGGAAGAGGAUGAUGAUGACAGUAAUUCAACAGCUCAACUUCAGGGCAGCAAUGAUACUGGCACGGAUGAAGAACAUGAAGUGGGUCCUGAGCAGAAAGGAAGCUUUAGUUACCAGAAUUCUCCAGUAAGUCAUAUAUCUAAUCAGGAUGCGGAAAAUGAGUCCCUGUUAAGUGACGCUAGUGACCAGGUGGCAGAUACUAAAAGCAUUUGCUCUAGAGAGGUGCAGGACCUGAAAACCAAUACCCACCCCAAAUCUCAGAAUGAAGCACAUGAUUGCAUGGAUAAAAUGACAGCAGUCUAUGCUAACAUACUGUCAGACUCUUAUUGGACAGGCUUAGGACUGGGUCUCAAGUUGUCUAACUCUGAAAGAAGGGGCUGUGACAAUAGAAAUGGAGGUAACAAAAGUGACUUUGAUUGGCACCAAGAUGCAUUGUCAAAAAGCUUACAACAGAGUUUACCUUCCAGACCGGUCUCCAAACCAAAUCUUUUCAGUUCAGUGCAGCUCUAUAGACAAAGCAGCAAAAUGUGCGGAACUGUAUUCACGGGUGCUAGCAGGUUCAGGUGCAGGCAAUGCAGUGCUGCCUAUGACACCUUGGUAGAGCUAACGGUCCAUAUGAAUGAAACCGGUCAUUACCAAGAUGACAACCGUAAAAAGGACAAGCACAGACCUACUAGCUACUCAAAGCCCCGGAAAAGGGCCUUUCAGGACAUGGACAAAGAAGAUGCACAAAAAGUUCUAAAGUGCAUGUUCUGUGGUGACUCUUUUGAUUCCCUUCAAGAUCUGAGCGUUCAUAUGAUAAAAACUAAACAUUACCAAAAAGUGCCUUUGAAGGAGCCGGUACCCACCAUUUCUUCAAAAAUGGUCACUCCCGCAAAGAAACGUGUGUUUGAUGUUAACAGACCUUGUUCCCCAGAUUCCACAACAGGAUCUUUUGCAGAUACCUUUUCUCCUCAGAAGAAUGCAAGCCUGCAGUUGUCAUCUAAUAAUCGCUAUGGCUACCAGAAUGGAGCCAGCUACACAUGGCAGUUUGAGGCCUGUAAAUCCCAGAUUUUGAAGUGUAUGGAAUGCGGAAGUUCACAUGACACCUUGCAGCAACUCACCACUCAUAUGAUGGUCACGGGUCAUUUCUUGAAAGUCACAAGUUCAGCUUCAAAGAAAGGAAAACAACUAGUACUAGAUCCCUUGGCUGUGGAGAAAAUGCAAUCGCUGUCUGAGGCACCAGCCAAUGACACCCAGGUUUCAAAACAAUCCAGCAAUGCAUCUUCGGAUGGCAUAACUGCAUCAGAGCUAAAGAAAGAGAGUAAAAAAGAUAAACCUGAUGAUACAAACAAAGAUGAGAAAGUGGUAAAAACUGAAGAGUAUGAAGAUAUGCUUCAGAAACCAUUGGAUCCUACAAUUAAAUACCAGUAUCUUAGAGAGGAAGAUUUAGAAGAUGGUUCAAAAGGUGGUGGGGAUAUUUUAAAGUCUUUGGAAAACACUGUCACCACAGCCAUCAAUAAAGCUCAAAAUGGAGCUCCUAGCUGGAGUGCAUAUCCUAGUAUCCAUGCAGCCUAUCAGCUCUCAGAAGGAGCAAAGUCUUCCUUACCAGUGGGCUCCCAAGUACUGCAAAUCAGGCCCACAAUUACCAAUAAGUUGAGACCCAUUGCUCCAAAGUGGAAAGUUAUGCCUCUGGUUCCCAGCUCAGCAAAUGUGGCCCAGUGCACUCGAGUGAAGAAGGAAAUUGAUGACAAAGAAGUCAUACAAAAAGACUACAUUAAAGAGGGCAUCCGAGCUGAAGCUGCUCCACUCUGUCAGAAUGAAGGGGAAUCUCUCCCCAAAUCUGAGGCCCCCGUAGAGCCAAAAAAGACAGAGGCAUGUCCCUUGAAGGAGGAAGAUAAACCAAAAGAAGAUGGUGAGAAAGAAAAAACAAAACCCAAGGAGUCAAUAGCAGCUUCCCUCAGCAAUGGUUGUGUUGCCACAAAUCAUUCUUCUGACUCGCCUUGUGUGAAUCCACUUAGUGCCCUGCAAUCUGUAUUGAAUAAUCACUUGGGCAAAGCCACUGAGCCUUUACGGCCCCAGUCCAAUACCAGCCCCAGCUCGAGCACAAUUUCUAUGUUCCACAAAACUAACUUAAAUAUGCUGGAGAAACCAGUUUUAUCUCCUGCUCCAACCCCACCAAAGCCUGCCAGCAUCUCCAGGCGUUAUUUGUUUGAAAACAAUGAUCAACCUAUCGAUCUGACCAAAUCCAAAAGCAAGAAAGCCGAGUCAGCUCAAGCACAGUCUUGUACUUCCCCACCUCAGAAACAUGCUCUGUCUGACAUUGCUGACAUGGUCAAAGUUCUUCCCAAAGCUACUACACCAAAACCUGCUGUAUCCUCUAGGAUCCCAUCGAUGAAAUUGGAAAUGGACGUCCGACGUUUCGAGGAUGUCUCAACAGAAGUCUCCACUCUGCAUAAAAGGAAGGGCAGGCAAUCAAACUGGAACCCUCAGCAUCUCCUGAUUUUGCAAGCUCAGUUUGCUUCCAGUCUUUUCCAAACAUCAGAAGGUAAAUAUUUAUUAUCAGACCUAGGCCCUCAAGAACGCAUGCAGAUUUCUAAAUUUACUGGACUGUCAAUGACCACCAUCAGCCAUUGGUUAGCAAAUGUCAAAUACCAACUUAGGAAAACUGGAGGAACAAAGUUUUUGAAAAACAUGGACAAAGGACACCCAAUCUUUUAUUGCAGUGACUGUGCAUCUCAGUUUAGAACCCCAUCUACUUAUAUUAGCCACUUAGAAUCCCAUCUAGGUUUCCAAAUGAAAGACAUGAACAGACUGGCUGUGGAACAGCAAACCAAGGUAGAACAAGAAAUCUCCAGAGUUUCAGUUCAAAGAUCACCUGAAACAAUAGCUGGGGAAGAGGAUACGGACUCUAAGUUCAAAUGUAAGUUGUGCUGUCGGACAUUUGCAAGCAAACAUGCCGUAAAACUUCACCUAAGCAAAACACACAGCAAGUCACCAGAGCACCAUUCACAGUUUGUAGCAGAAGUGGAUGAAGAAUAACUUUUAAGGACAAAUGCCUUAGUUCCAGCUCUCCAGCCCAGGCUUCCUGCACUGAGCCCGUCUCCACGCGUCACUCCACUCCUGACGUUGAACUCCCGACAACCCGGACCGAGAAGACUGCCAAAAACACUCCAGCUAUUCUUCUUCAUCUUCACUAACAAUUUGGUAAUGAAGUAUUGAUUUCCACUCCCCUGCUUAUGGACGAUAUUAGAUUUUCAUUGAUAAACUGCACUGGGGCUGUCUAGUCUCCACUGUCCCUUUUUGCUGUCACUAAAACAAAGUGCCACUGAAGUAAGAUAAUGACUGAGAACACUGAUGUACUUAUUUCAUCAAUUUGUAACACUUGACAGGAAAAAAAAAAAGUAUACUUCUUCAUAGUUUAAUGUCCAAGUGUGCUACACAAGAUGCCGUCACACUGGAAGCUUUGCUUUUCAUGGUAAUGUCCAUUCCCUAUUUAUAACCCCUUUGGGAUCGUUUGUCUAAAGGAAAUGUUUCUAUUCAGUGCAGCUAUUACUGUUGCACCUGGGUUGCUCAAUCCAGUCAUUGCACUAGGGAUCAAUACAUCACAGUAAGUAGAAGAAUUAUUAAGUUAAACCAGAUUCUGAGCCAAAAAAACUCUGAACAAUGUUAAUCUUCUGUGCAAGUUGUUCAAAUAAUUAUGCUUAACCAAGUUGCUGCCAAAGAUUUGUUUAAAAUGGAUUAUUUUCAGUUUGUUUUAUUCCUCAGAUAUAUAUUUUUUUUUAAAUCUCCAUUACUGCAUAUGACAAGACAUAUGCAAUGGAGUGAUUUUUAAACAAAAGCACUAUUGUUAGAUCAUUGAGCAUUAUCAUAUAUAUAUUAUUAUAUAUAUUUAUAUAUAUAUAUAAUAAGAACCAAAUUCAUCUCCAUUACUGUCAGUGGGGUUACUUUGGAUUUAUGCUAUUGCAAAUGAGAUCAGAAUCUGGCCUUCGUACUGUCUAUUGGGCUUGUCCAUUACUACACAAAGCACAGCUUACUUUUAAAAUCAGCUGAAACCCAGUAGGGUAGGAGGGGAGGGCUUCAAUUUAAAAUUUGUUCCUGGAACUUUUUUCAUUAAAACUUAGAGGUCCCAAUUUUAAUUUGUGGAAUAUUCAUGAUAAUAAUGAGAUCUAAUUAAGACAUCCAUUAAAAGCCCGUUAAAGUUAAUUUAACGUAAAAAUUCCAAUAGAACUGUAUUAGAUUUUCUCCAUUAAAUUAACGUUAUGGAUUUUUAACGGAUGUCUUAAUUAUACAUUAUUAUUAACGGGAAUACUGUAUUACACAGAUUAAAAUCGGGUUCGAAGUCAACUCAGAAAAGCUUCCAGGAUGUUUUAAUAUUACAAACCUCACAUUACCUAGUGUACUGUAUGGAAAAUCAAGCUCAUCAGGCACAGCUCUGUUUACUCUAGCUGAGCAUUUGCUGUACAACUAAAGCAACCUAGAAUAGAUAAAUUCAUCACUGCAUUUAAAGAAUGAAUUUCCUUAUUCUCAAAGGAUAAAUAAGUCUGAAUCAAGAUGUAAACUGCUACUCAAGAUGAAAGAUUUAAAGUAUGCUCGGCACAAAAUUGAGAUGUGGAUCUUUUUUCAAACUCAAGACAAUUUGGGGCUUUGCUUUUUAAUUAUUUUAUUUAGAAGCUGAAGGAUAAAAUAAAAAUGCAGCCAUGGCAAAAUGAAUCUAAAUCGAUUUAUAAUAUUCCUUAUUUCCGAUGCAGGGUGGGCGAUGUUGGAAUUGGUUGGGAAAUUUUGACAUGAUCCCUAAACUCAACAUCGGGAGGGGGGACCUUGUUAUUUACCUCCUAGGAAACAUGUUGCCCUUAUGCCACAUAUAAUAGCAAAUUGCUUUUUUUAUGGCAUGCAUAACCUAGAUGGGGAAAAAUAUGGCGCUUGAGGGAAGGAGGGAAAAAGUAAAUGAAGUUCCAGGAAUGUCAUUCUGAAGUAAUGAGGCAUGGACAGAAAAUAGACCCCUCACAUCAUCGGAUUGAGAUGGCAGUCGAAAUAGCUUCAUUGAAGUGUCAGCACUCAUCCAUCAAUCAAUCAUCCACAAGGAAAAAUAGCGACAGUACAACGGGGCGGCUUUUACGGGAUUUACUCAUGGGCAUAGGGAAUAGCAGCUCAAAUGUAGUCCUGACAUGAAAAGCAAGGUGCUGAUAUUAUUUUUUAUGAUGGGAGGAUCAUAAAGUGAAUUGAGAACAGUGAGAUCUGUCUUUGCUUAACCUAUUCAACUGGAAAUGAACGGAGCUCAACUGGAAAUGAACGGAGACUUCAGAUGGGUUAAGACUGAAGCACGCACUGUGCCAAGCCCUGUCCAUUGACAACAAAAUUCUAUUAAAGUGAAAUCAAUGCAUUAGCAUUGGGUUCCUCUGAAGCUGUUAAAUCGCACAGUCCAGAUCAGGGUUAUUAAAUGAAGUUACGUAGUGUAGGGGAGGUGGGGUGGUCCCUCCAGUGUGAGUCCAGCACUACUAUCAGACUCCACUUUGGGGAAACAUGGAUAUUUCCAGCACCAAGAAUUUUUCUCUUUCUUAAUAAAUAAAUAAAUUAAAUAAAUCCAUUUUGUGACAUAAAAUACAUUAGCAAAUACUAGGGGCUGGGGUCUGAUCCUGUUCCCACGGCACUCAAUUGGCAAAACUCCUGUUGACUUCUGACAGGCCUAAUCCUGCUCUACACUGAAGCCGGUGGAAAUUUUGCCAUUGAUUUCAAUGGACGCAGGCUCUAUAUGUGCAACAUUUUUGCGGCCUUGUUUUUUUUUUUUUAAACAGCACAGCGGGCCAGAUUCUGUAAAGUGCUGAGGAGCUAAGCCCCCUCCAUUCCAUCCAAGUCAGUGGGUGAUGAGGUGAUCCUUGGGGAAUCAAGCCACAAUAUUUUGGGCUGUAGGGCCCUUUGGUUCUCUCUUUAUUCACAGACCAGAUUCUGACACCCUGUUAGUGAGAUUAACCAUGAAGAUAUGGGUUCAUUUCUUCAAGAGGAAACUCUGUCUCUACAAUCUGUCAUGCCUGGACUACCCUCCUUCCCUCAAGCAGACCUUCUCCUUCAGCAGAGAGACAUGUAAAAUGAGGCAUUUGUAGCAAUUGGGUAAUAGAACAUGCACUCUAAUAUGAAUUAUGCUGACACACAAUCAUGUUGGGACCAGUGAGUGCAAAUAGAGAUGAAAAGUUACCACUUUCUCUAGUGGAAGGUCUGUGCUCUCUUUUUUACAGGGUGCGCUUUCUCCUUGUUUUAUUUAUUUCAUUUAUUUAUUUGGUAAAUAACAAGUUGCUGCAUGUAUGAAAAGAUUUCAAAAAUGCCUGUGGGGCUAACGGGGUGGGGAGCAAGUUUACAAGAUUAGCGCCAUUGUUCCUCAGUGCAAGUUUACAAGAGCUUGAUGAUGUCGCAGGGCUAGAUCUGUUGGACCAGAUUCUCAGCUAGGGUAAAUCUGCAUAGCUCCCUUAACUUUAACUGAACGAUGCCGAUUUACACCAGAAGAAGCUCUGGCCCAAAGAGCACAAGUAAAGGAUCGACACCAGCCUAGAGAACAGAGCCUGAUUUAUUCAAGAAAACUAGGUACUGCAUGGUCAAGUGCUAGAACAGCUACUUCAUUUAGAAUCUGGCCACAAACCUUUGUUCCACCAUUCUAAACCUUAAUUAUUUUGCCUGCAUCACUGUCCUUUGGGAACAUUUUAGAUACACUUUUGAAUUAAGUGACUUUUUUUUUUACAAGAGGAUAUAUAUAAAAAAGAAAAUAUACAUCUCUCUCUCUCUCUCUUUCUGUGUCUGAAGCAGGAUGAGUUGAUAGUUUAUCUGUCAUAUAAAUCAGGUAACACAGAAAAUCACUGCAUCUUUUCUCUGUCGCAUCUACUCAAUAUCUAUCGUUCUGACUUUAUUCUUAUUGGAGAUCAUCAAAACAUUAAUUAAAAACCUGGUGAUCAAACAGCC